UGUCCUCCUACAGAAACAUUAUUAAAACAAUACUAUAUUUUCCCCCCAUCUUUUUCCAUUUUUUAAAAAGCUCCAGAUAGCCACUAGGGCGGUGCUAAAGAGCCGCGGGUUGCUGACCCCCGCUUUAGAGGCUCCGUAAAUUUUUGUCACUUCAAGCAGUGUGGAAUUGUUCUAUAUUGUUAUUUAUGUAAAUCAAGUGCCGUAGCAUUAAUGCAUCUAAGAAAUGAUCAAACCAAAAAAGAACAAGGUUUAUUCCUCCGAGCGCCGCCAUUUUGCCAGCUGUUAGCCACGCUAGCUAAUCAGCCGAACAGGUGAAGUCUAAAUGGGCUCCAAUUUUCCAGAAUAAAUUCCUAAUUCCCUCCUUUACGCCACGACGCAGAGAGGAUCAUAGUGAGGGGAAAAUGGCGCGAUGAGAGCAGGAGGCCAUGAUGGAAAGAACGGAGGAUGAGAGGAGCUCAGCAGGAAGUGGAGGCAGCGCGUUGACUCCAUUAGAAAAGAUUUUCAGGUGUGUGGGAGCAGACAAACAUUACAGGGAGACAGAACAGGACGGCUGACGGGUCUGCCAACUUCCGGCGCCCCUUGAAAAAAAAGACCAGUAUGAGGUCUACUAAUGCAGGAAGAUCUACUGCCAUCUGAUGCUUGGAGCUGUAACAACCAACUACAUUUACAUCUGUUCUAUCCAUCAUCUUUCAUCAUCAUCUCUUGGUGCUUGGGCCUGCUCCACCCGCGAGAAUAGUGGAAAGAUUUUACAUCGCUUUCCCCACAACCCGGAAAAAAGACAAGUAUGGGAAGUGAAGGUUCGCCGUCAACAAUGGAGAGCCACCGAUUACAGCGUCUUGUGCCAGGGAAAGGUGUGAGUGAUUGAGCACAGCUGUUUAACCAGGCCUCUUUCGACUCGCCAAACUCACCUGUUGUCGCGGGAUCGUUCUUCUGUGUCGAGUCCACGCCAACGCAACUCCAGCUCCUAGCUCCUGUUGCGUCCAUCCCGCACUCGCGACUUCAAAAGCAAAAGGGUGACGACGUGACGACAACAGAAGAAAAACCUGAGAAAACCGCCUGAUAGCAGAUCUUCCCUCUUGAUGCUGAAGCUUCAUCAACCUUCUCUAAAAGCCUGCUCAAUACUGCCUGCUCGUCCACAGAUGCCUCCUGGUGAUGUUUGAGAGACAAGCUGGGCUGUCACUUUCACGUUGCAACACUGCCCCCUGCUGGAUGUUAGCAACUCUGCAAGAAUCCUCCCAUACAGGACAUGUGAGACACACGUGGUUCCUGCAGCGAUGGAAAAUGGAAACAAGUCAUAUUUGAUCAAAGCAGCUAACGGGUGUGUGAAGAAGACUUUGGAGGAGGAAGGAAAGUUCUCUUGGAAACUUGAGGACAUGCGGUGGCUUUCCGAACUUCUUCAAGAACCGAACCGAGUCCAGGACCAUGAAGUGAGCCGCUCCGCAAGAAGCGUCCACGGUUAUUGAUUCCAUAUCGAGGAAAGAUGUGGGCGGCCGCCGCAACUUUUCUGCUGAUGAUGUGUUGGGAUGGCGUCGUCUCCUCGUCUGGCCAAGAGCAGGACCGGAAGGACGGCGCGACGCCACCGACGCCCAGCAAGCAGCCGCACAUCAUCUUCAUCCUCAUCGACGACCAGGGCUUCAAUGACAUCGGCUACCACAACCCCGCCAUCCAGACGCCUACGCUGGACAAGCUGGCGGCGGAGGGCGUCAAGCUGGAGAACUACUACGUCCAGCCCAUCUGCACGCCGUCACGCAGCCAGCUCCUGACCGGCAGGUAUCAGAUCCACACAGGACUUCAACACUCCAUCAUCAGGCCCAGGCAGCCCAGCUGUCUUCCUCUGCACAUGGACACGCUUCCUGAGAGGCUGCGCCAGGCUGGGUACGCCACGCACAUGGUGGGCAAGUGGCACCUGGGCUUCUACAGGAAGGCGUGCCUGCCCACCAGGAAGGGCUUUGACACCUUCUUUGGGUCCUUGACAGGAAGUGUGGACUACUACAGUUACGGCUCGUGUGACGGUCCGGGCCUGUGCGGCUACGAUCUCCAUGACAACGAGGACGUGGCCUGGGGCCAGGAGGGGAAGUACUCCACCACGCUCUUCACUCAGCGAGCACGCAAGAUCCUGGAGCGCCACGACCCCAACGAGCGACCUCUCUUCCUGCUGCUGUCCCUGCAGGCGGUCCACACGCCGCUGCAGCCGCCGAAGUCCUACAUCUACCCGUACCGCCAUAUGGCCAACGUGGCCAGGAGGAAGUUUGCCGCCAUGGUGUCCACGGUGGACGAGGCGGUGCGUAACGUCACCUACGCUCUGAGGAAGUACGGAUUCUACCGCAACAGCGUCAUCGUCUACUCCACCGACAACGGAGCUCAGCCCUUCACCGGCGGCAGCAACUGGCCGCUGAGAGGCCGCAAGGGAACGUACUGGGAAGGCGGCGUACGUGGCGUGGCGUUUGUUCACAGCCCAUUGCUGCGACGCAGAAGGCGGGUGUCCAAAGCUCUUCUUCACAUCACAGACUGGUUCCCCACACUGGUGGGCCUCGCUGGGGGCAACAUCAGCCAGAGUCUGGACGGCUACGACGUGUGGAGUGCCAUCAGCGAAGGGAAAGAGUCGCCUCGUCAAGAAAUCCUUCUCAACAUCGACCCCCUGCACAAGCCCCCCGCACCUUCCAUGACCUGGGGCGCCAGCGCAGAAGGAGCGCCAGCGGAUCCGUCAAAGAAUCUGGCCUUAAAGAAACCGAAGAAAAAGAAGAAGAAGCUUCUGAGGCUACGACCAAAGCAGAAGUCUGCGUUCAAGCUACCAAAAGUCAACACCAAAGCCAAAAACAAACAAAAGCUGCAGUCCUUGAAACCUCAUCUGAAGGUCCAGUCUGCCUACAACCUGUCAAUCGCAGGGACGUCUCCCUUCAAACAGCCAGAGAUCUUUAAGUCCAAAUCAAAGAGGACCACGUCUCAGGACCACAACCUGUCCUGGCCUCAGACGACAAAGACCAAGCUCAAGCUGCAUCUCAAGUCCAAGAGGAUGUCGUUACCUCACCAGAACACCUCAUUGACGGACAAAAACCUCCUGAUGACGCCGUCUCAGUCUGUGUGGGACACAUCGGUUCAGGCGGCCAUCAGAGUCGGAGACUGGAAGCUGCUGACUGGAGACCCUGGCCAUGGAGAGUGGGUCCCGCCACAGGUUCUGCCGACCCUGCCGGGUCGCUGGUGGAACCUGGAGCGAGCCUUCUCUGCUUUCUACAAAACCUCAAAGCACAAGAACAUCUGGCUCUUCAACAUCAGCGCCGACCCAUAUGAGCGGGAGGACCUGGCCAAGCAGAGACCGGACGUGGUCCAGCAGCUGCUGUCCCGCCUGGCCUUCUACAACCGGACGGCUGUGCCUGUCUACUUCCCGCCAGACGACCCGGGGGCAGAUCCUGGCCUGCGCGGGGGCGCCUGGGCACCUUGGGUGGAGGACGACGACCAAGAGGAAAAGUACGACGGCAUCUACAAAAAGGUCCAGGAGAAGAACAAGAAGAAGAGGAAGAAAUGUCGACUCUGCAAGCUCAAGGCCUUCUUUCUAAAACUCAACACCAGGAUCAUGUCCAGUCGCAUUUGAAUGCCACAUGGAACCACUUACAGGAAAUCCUUUUAUGGACUUUAAGUAAUGUGAAUGUGGAGACAUUCUUAUCGUCACGCUAGGGAUGGAAACUCUACAGAGCUCCUAAAGGGACAUGGAGGGGAAAAAAAUGUUUUGCGAGAUCUCGCAAAAGGGUUUUUUCCUAUGUCAGUGAACCGGAAGUAAAACAGACAAAGCGAUGGAGGGGCCUACCCAUCAUUUAUUGAUUACUUUUUUAGUAUUGGCCUAACAUAUAAAGACAUCAAAUCGUAUUAUGGUCCCACAACAGAGCACAGGCUCCCGCUCCUCUGUUUCACUUCCGGUUCACUGAACUAGGAAAAAAACCUAUUGCGAGAUCUCGCAAAACAUCCAUGUCCCUGAAGGAGCUCUGUAAAACUCCACUAAAUUGACAUGUUUAGGUUCCAAUAGUGUAGUAGUUCCAUAGUUGACCUCACAUUCUUCUUUUCGACACAGCAAACCAGCGCCAAUGCUGGUUUCAGCCAAGUAGUGCAACCCAUUUUGACUCAAUUAAGCUGAAUGGCGACACUAAAUUGGCCCUAGUGUGUGAAUGUUGUCUGUCUGUGUUGGCCCUGCGAUGAGGUGGCGACUUGUCCAGGGCAUACUCUGCAUUACUCCCGAGUGCAGCUGGGAUAGGCUCCAGCCCCCCCGCGGCCCAGAGAGGGGACAAGUGGUAGAAAAAUGGAUGGACCUCAGCACACGUUGCAUUUGUGCGGUGAUGCUAACCACUUGUAUUAAGACAUACAUGGAACUGGAAGAACAUCAGCUGAAUGUUCAACCAAAGAAAAGCAAACCAUUCAAACCACAAAGCACCUAAAUUGAGAACUGUAUGAAAGAGGCAAGCACAUCAUUAACAAAACACUGAAGCGACAUAUUUUACUUUCAUCACCGCUAAAACCUACUGACUAAUGUUCAUGUACUUUUGUCCACUGGCCAACAUCUGGACAUUCUACACAUCAACGUUAAAAGGUCUGAUAUCCCUACAUCACAUUCAGACGAGCCAUCAGAAGCAAGGGUGAAGUGCCCUGCCCAAGGGUGCAACGGCCAUCACUAGGAUGCCAGAAACUGGAAUCGAACCUGAAACCCUGAAGUUGCUGGCACGGCCGCUCUACCAUCUGCACCACGCUACCCCAUCAAAAGCUUUCAUUCCAUCUGCCUUACACACAUUCAGAAACAAUUCCACAAAAUUCAUGCCCCAGUACUUGAUUGUUCCAAAGAAAUGUUUUUCCAUUGUCAAUCUUUGUCAUUCAUGGUUUCCACAUUUUAAAUCAACUUAACAUCUGUUUUUUUUUUAAACUCACCAAGUUUUUUUUAAAGGAGUAUUUCCUGCUAUUGCAAUAAUGUGGUCUUGGUUCUGCUCUCCAGCUUUAUCCCGAGAACCGUUUGGCAUUUGAUGAAACAACAUAUCAAGAGCUCAAUACGACAUAGGCGCUUUUCCAAACUGUGAAUAAAAUUAUUUG